AUGACGUCCUUGGCUUGUUGGACCUGUCGACUGCGAAGAAAAAGAUGCGACCGGAAUCGGCCAGUAUGCAAGAGUUGCGCCAACCUAGAUAUCGGCUGCUGCUAUAACAAAGAGCGCCCAGAAUGGAUGGACGGCGGCGAGAAGCAAUUGGAAAAAACACAAGCAAUCAAGGCUCAAGUGAAGCAAGGAGUUACAGCUCGAAGAGGAGGCAGUGAAGCUGCGAUUCGGGUUUUCUCGCUUCAUACCAGCCAACAAGUUGAACGAUCGCCAACUGCGGUGCCGGAAAUAUCUUCUGCCAGCUCUUCAGGCCCAUCUCUGACAGGCCGUGGCUCAUCGGCUACUGCUGCGAAUGGAUCAACUAUAGAGGAAACAGAAAAUUUCCUCAUCACCUUGUACCUUGAUACAGUCUUCCCACUUCUAUUCCCUCAAUACGAGCCCGCCAUACUGUCCGGUGGACGGAGCUGGAUAUCGGCGCUAUUCAAAACCAAUAAGGCGGUAUACCACAGUGCUCUUAGCACCAGCGCAUAUUAUUUCACCCUUUUUCUGGCUAAAGAUGCGGCCCAUACUCUCCGCACCCCAUGCGAGCAGCAUGUUUGGGAUACGCUUGCCAAGCAUAUGGAGAUGUCCAUAAAGGCUAUUAAGCAUGACACGGAUCAAUAUCACUUACAAGGCGGCUGUUCAGAUGUAUCCUCUAAGCUACAUGUUCUAGAAAGCGUUGUUCAGUACUUGAUCUUCGCAACAGCCAUGCCUCAGGGAGCAGAUUGGAAGAUGCAUUUGUCAGCCGCUUUGACAUUGCUGAAAGAGAUAAUUCAAUCUCACGGAGCGACUGACGGUAAAUACUCUCUAGAAACAAUUAUACAAGCGAUGGAUAGGCCAUCGAUAUUUGAUGGUAUACAAUUAGGAUUCCGCGCCUGGAAUAACGACCAAGCUGCUUUUCAAUUCUAUGGUUCAUUUCUUUUAUAUUCAGACAUUAUAGCGAGUAUCCAACUAGGGCGUCCCUCACGGCUACGACAUCAUCAUCAGAGCUUAAUAAGCAAUCGUAAAGCUCUCAUAGCUCCGGACGGUAGUGCCCAGCCAUUACCCGGGCUGGAGACAGUUAUCGGAUGCCAUGGUUGGGUCCUUACUGCUCUUAGUGAGAUUUCGGAAAUGGAAGCUGCAAAACGCUCUUCUCAGAGCAAAGAGGAGUAUUUUUUGGCAGAGCUCAUGAGAAAAGGUUCUGAUCUCAAGACAAAACUUCAACAGGAUUCUAUGGAAUCCUGUAAUCAAAGCGAGAAACUUCCACUGCAGAAGGAUGUUCUCAUAACAAAAGUUUGGCUGCACGCGGCGAUAAUGUAUCUGUCGGUUAUUUUAGAUGGUUGGCAGCCAAGUAGCCUUUACAUCCGCGAGAAUGUGAACUCGAUUUUGAGUAUUGCGGAUAGUUUCUCAUCAGAGCUUUCAAUACGCAGCCUCAUGUUUCCCCUCUGCAUUUCAGGAUUCUUAGCUAUGCCAGAACAGGAGCAUACAUUUAGGCGCCUCUUUUCUGCUCUGGGGUCGUUUCAAGCUCUAGGUCCUGCGAAACGGGCUUUCCGAUUGAUAGAACAAGUCUGGGAGCUUCGAGAUGAGUUGGACGGAGACUCAUGGGGACUAUAUGAUUGCUUUCAGAUAAUGGGAUCUGAGGUAUUACUCAUCUAA